CUGAAUCCCGUGACGGCAUGACGAGGCUUGACCUCGAUGGCCCUGCCGCUCUGUAACUUGACUCGUGCGGGCGGCGGCGACAACAGUCGUCGCGCAUGUGCGUGGCAGACUGCCCCAAUUCCAUUCUGCAACACAUCAUCGUUCGACUGGGCUGCGAUCUGCUCUCAGCACCACAGCACGAACUGGCGCUGCUGCGGGUUGGCUCGUCUCGACGUGGACGGCGUGGCGUUCAUGUGGAGCAUCUUUCUUGUGCUCGCCGUGGCGUUUUCUUGGUACUCGAACAUGGUCCAGGAAUUUCAGUCGAGUGUGGACGACCUCCACGAUAUUCCCACACAAGCUCUUGGCGUGGUUGUGGCCCGGCAAAAAAAACACGUACUUGGCCGUACUAUCCACGACCCUCGCCGCAUCUGGGUCAUCCUGUCCAUCGUGAUCGAGAUCGGCGUGUUCAGCUACGUUCCGCUGCAGCUCAUCUUGUACGACAUCACGACGCCGUCCCCUACGGACGUCGCAUGGGAGUAUCAAGUCGCCAAGUUUGCCGCGUUUGCCGCCGUCCUCGUCGUCGACGUGUUCCGCCCCCGCCGCAUGGAGCGUGUGCUGACCCACGUGAUUCGCCCGCUCGUGUACGAUACGGGCUACACGACGAUCCUGUACGCGAUCAUCGACAUUGGCGCGUGCAGCAGCGACAUGGACUCGCUGACAUUUCCCGACGGGUCGACGUGCGCGCACCCCGAGCGGUAUUGGCACUUUGUCGUAGUCGCGUCCAUGUCGUUUGCCGUGUUCUUCUGGCGUACGUCUGCAUGUUUGGACGAUGACGCACGAGGAGUCGGUCACUGUCUGGACAAACUAGGCACGUUGCUGUACAAGAUGCACUUUAGCGACCAAGUGUUUGCCGUGCGCUUCCGCUUCCAGACGUCGUACUAUACCCUCAUGACGUACUGCCGGACUGCGUGCUGCCUCUUUUUCAUCACGAUUCAAAAGUUUAUCUUGUACGUCGACGACAACCUGGUGUACGUGGCCGCGGCUCUCGUCAACUUUGCCAUGUUUUACCUGCUUCUGCGGUACAACUACAAGCAUCAACCGUGCCUUGGCGUGGGUAAGCUGCUCAACACGUUGCGCAGUGUCGCGUUUGCGAUGUCGUGCUACUUUUCCGUGUACUUGGGCGCGUUGUCGGUGUACCACAUUGCCCGUGGCACGCCCAUUGACAAAGACCUGGCGUCGGCGGAGGGCGUGGUGUCGUGGUGUGUGCUCGCGAUGUCGUUUGUGUUUUUGGGCGUUGUGUGGCGGAUAAACGACCGCCGCGCGAGUCUGUUUGAAAUCCCAAACAUGUCGCUCGAAAAAGCGCUCGACCACCCAAACCACCGCGUCAAGGCCGUGGCGGCCGUGUCCUUGACGCUCGAAGAUCAAUCGCAGUGGAGCGUCAAGUACAAGGCAAACUUGGUCGCCAAACUGCACGACAACCUUAACGUGCUUGACCAUGACGACCGCGACAUGACGUUGCUGUACACGUGCCAGGCCAUGUGGACGCUCUGGCGCAACUACUUCACCAUGGCCGCGGGGGUCCACGAAGGCAGUGGGGCGUCGGUGUGCUUGCCGUUCGGGCUAUGGGAAGCUACGAGUCGCUUCAAGGGCGUGCAAAAGAUGCAUGUCCAAGCCAAAGUGGCCGACGUCCUGCGCGAGAAAUUCUGUUCGUUCAAGCCGACGGGAGGGCUUGUACUGAAACACCUCGUCGACAGCAUCAUGACAACCCACACCGCCAUGCAAUCCAAUGCGACGAUGGAAUUUUGGUCGUACAGGACCGACCCCGUCUCGGACGAACGGCUACGAAAGAUCGUCGCUGUCGUUGUCGACCUCGUCCGGUCGACGUACGCCAAGACGCGGUAUGCCGCCGCCAAGAUUCUCCAUGACAUGUACACCAUGUCCGCUGUCCAGCUGACCGACGUCACGAUGAUCUAUGUGCUGUGCACGAUGGUAUCACGUCCAGACGGCGCGCUCACGAUCCCGACAGCCCGAACCUUGUGCAAACUGUACGCGCUGCACUGGAAACACUCGGAUCGGUCCAAGCCCCACUUUGUCGAGCGGCUCAACAUGCAGCACCUGUCGCAGUUUGUCGCGUCCCACCGCCACACGUUGGAAUCGACAGUCCUCGUGGGCGGCGUGAUGCAAAUCCUGUUCGAUUGCACCAAGUGGAUCGAGCACAAGCAAGGGCGAGAAGACCCCGCGGUGCACUUUAGCGCUGCCUUCAUCGCCAACUUGAUCCAAGCACAGGCGCACGUGGCACACAAGGCCACAGUCGGCGUAUUCUUUCUCGUGGAUGACAUCGUGAUGUCCAUUCGCGCCACGUGUCUGCGGCACAUGCAGCGGGUCGACGCGAUGCGAACCCUUCGCACAUCCGCCACCAGGGUAAUGCACACGGCCCGCGUGGUCCCAGAGGCGCCGGUAGCCGGGCCAAGUCUUCGCCCUGUCCAUCACCAUCUGAUCCACUCGUGGGGCACAGUCACGAAGCAAGCGACAAGAGCCCACCGCCUCACCCUCGUGGCCCCAGCUGUCGUCGAAGCCGCUCGAAAGCGCUCGCAACUGCGGGAUUCCAUCCGGGCUACCCUGACAGCGCUGGUCGAAGAAGGGUACGACAGACGGGUGGCCGCAGAUGCCCUUUCGUCGCAGUCAUGCUUUGGCCUGGUGACAGCCAUGCAUGCGUGGAUGCGAUACCCCUUGGUCGUCGAAGAAGCCCUGACCCACUUUGCCGAGGGCCACGUUGCAUAUCUCGUGGACCUGCUCCACUCCAAGAUCCAACACAGCGCAAGACCGAGGCGGACAUCACGCAACCUCAUGCCACCUAUUUAACCAAUACUGCCAUCGUUCUCCA